UGUAUUGUAAUCUAAUCUAAAGCGUAAUAGUAAUAAUUAGCUCUUGGUACAAAUAAAUAUCGACGUGUGUUAUGAUCAGACAACAAUAUCAGCAAUAAUGAAAGUCCUGGUCUUCAUUCUUGGGCUUGUGGCAGCGACUGCCUCGGAAGCAGAGUUCCCUCUGAUCUUCCGGGACUACCACGAGGAAAUCGGCAUUCCGACGGCCAGGCGCAUCAAGUUGUUUGAAGAGUCGCUUGACUUUGAUGGCUCCAGGAUUGUUGGAGGGCAUCCUGCGCGCCUCGGCGCUCAUCCACACCUUGGUGGUGUUUUAAUUACCCUGACCAACGGCAGAAACUCAAUGUGCGGGUCUUCCCUCGUCACCAACACCAGGGCGGUGACCGCCGCGCACUGCUGGCGCCACGGCACGCACCAGGCGAGGAUGUUCACCGCCAUCUUCGGCACCACCCACUUCUUCAGCGGGGGCCAUCGCACCGACACCAGCAUGGUCGUUACCCACCCGAAGUACGACAGUAAUAACGUUUUCAACGAUGUCGCUGUCAUGUAUUUAAACUACGUUCCUUUCACCGAAUACAUCAGAGGGAUUCCGCUGGCCACAGGAUCUAAUAAGUAUGUUGGUGUAUGGGCUAUGGCCGCUGGAUUUGGCGCCACUGGAGACAGCCCUAUCGCCGAACCUCCAGCCAAGCAUGAGGCGUAUCUCCGAGUCAUCUCUAACGCAGAGUGCGCUAAAACCUACGGCUCGUUCAUAGUUCCUGCUACUCUCUGCGUGGGCACAUCCUACGGACAGAACACCUGCGCCGGAGACUCCGGCGGCCCCCUGGCUGUUGGCAUCGGAGCUGAUCGUAAGCUGAUUGGCAUCACAUCGUUCGGUCACGCCGCGGACUGCGAGAGCGGGCAACCGACAGGCUUCGCCCGAGUCACGUCUUUCGCGUCUUGGAUCCGCUCUCAUCUGUAAAGGUCGCCAUUGACGGUCAAUUAUUCUCACGUUUCUGAAAAGCAAACUGCAGUACCCACGCGGCAUACCAUACAAGUCAUGUACGCAGUGACCAACACACGAUCAAUUAUAGUCGUGGGUGCUACAGAAACGUGAGAGUAAUUGACCGUUUGUGGCUAUCAUAAGAUGUACCGAGCCCCGCGAAGAGUUGAACACGAAUCCGGGAGGUCCUAUAAUUUGUCAACUUUUAUCAACAUUACGG